ACAGACGAUGUUAUUGGGCAGAAAAUGACAAAAAAAUUUCAUGAACCAAUUUAGAGGAAUUUUAAGGAUAUUUUCCAUACGUGUUAAGGAAUCUCAACAGUCAUUGACAGUAUUGACAGAUAAACGUAAUAUUAACCAGAGAUCGAUCGCAGAUGAAAUAAUGGAAAAUAGCGACACCACUAAUUACAUUGGUAAUAAAGAAAUUGAUCGAACGGAGGAUGGCAUUGUAAACGCGGUGGCUAAAGACGAAAAAAAGCAAGUACAGAUCAAAAUGAAAGCGGACGAAAUGGUCUUGACGGACGAUGAGGAUGGACCUGACGUAAAAUGCAGGCUACUAAAGGACCGCAAUGCAUUGCGAAAGAAACUACAUAGUCACAGAUUUCAAAUGGUAAUCAUUGGUCUGGUUGCACUGGAUUUUCUCAUAGUGUUGGUCCAGUUAUUAAUGGACAUUGAAGUCAUCAGGGGAGUGCAUCAUGAUCAUCUUGCUAUUGAAAUACUUCAUUACACAAGUAUUGUCAUUUUGGGACUGUUUUUGAUUGAGAUUGUUGUGAAAUUGUACGCUUUUGGUUUGGAUUUUUUCCAUCACAAGUUGGAGGUUUUUGAUGCUAUUGUCGUGAUCGUGUCUUUCUCCUUGGACAUAGCGUACAGUGGCAAUAUGGAUGCAUGGGACGCCGUCGGACUUCUGGUUCUGCUUCGACUCUGGCGAGUUGUGCGAAUUGUCAACGGAAUCGUUUUGUCCGUGAAAAUUGAAAUGGACGAGAAAAUACAUCGCCUAAAGGAAGAAAUGAGUGAAAUUGAAACGGAACUGGAACAUUACAAGAACAGAUGUAAAGAACAAGAGGGUCAAAUUGCAGAACUCCAGGGCAAACUUCAUGAAACGUGAUGUUUAUGUACGGCAUACAAAUUAAAUAAAGUGGCACAAUAGUUUCUAUCGUCCAAAUAAAAUCUUCCAGCAAGACACACAUCUCAAGGAAUUCUGAAGACUUGAACAUACUGUUUUCUCUGGGGCUUACGUUAGUUACGUAUCAAAGUACAUGAAUGUUUUUUAAGUAUUCUAGUCAAUUAAAUUGGCAUGCAUUUUUCUUCCAAGUCACUAAUCAUAAAUCAUAGAUCCAACCUAAAUUAUAUACAUGCACUCCAAAUCAUAAAUCACAUUUGCACUUGAUUUAUACAUUUCAUUCAGAAUAACAUAACAAAUGAUUGGGCGGAAUAGUAAUGAUUUGAUGUUCAAACUUUUCGUGAUAAAUACUUAUCGUAGGACAUAAUUAAUUCAAUAAGGGUUUUAUAGGUAUUUAAUAUAUUAAAACUAACUUUAGUGAUAGUCUGCCGAUAAUUUUUCAACGAUAUCGGAGUAUCACAACCCAUUCCUUUUCAAUGUCGUUGUGGAUGCAGUAUAAAAGAGAACAUUCAGUGAAAGGCUCAUUAUGCCAUUGAAUACAUGGCCAGGGGCCGGUUGUAUCAAGCCCGUUUAGCUUA